AUGCCAAUCUUCCCUCCAGUCUUCCUCUCCAACCAUGCCAAGGCCAUGACUGCAGCAGGCAGCCCUGGACCCUGCCAGCUCAGCCUGCCAGUGAUGCAGUCGCGAGGGACAAUUAAUGUUAACAAACCUCCUUCAGGGCACUCUAUCAGAAGCGGUUGCAUUCCUGUGGUCUCUACAAGUGACUCUCUACAAGAUGUGUGCUACAUAGAGAAUGACGACUUUGACCAGUUUGACAAGCCUGGCGCAGAACGGUCCUGGAGAAGAAGAGCUGCAGAUGAGGACUGGGACAGUGAAUUGGAAGAUGACUUGCUUGGAGAAGAUUUACUGUCUGGAAAAAAGAAUCAGUCGGAUUUGUCAGAUGAAGAGUUGAAUGAUGAUCUUCUACAGAGUGAUAAUGAAGAUGAAGGAAAUUUCAGUUCUCAGGGUGUCACCAUCAGUCUGAAUACCACCUCUGGCAUAGUUACAUCAUUUGAACUGUCUGACAAUACCAACGACCAAUCUGGAGAACAGGAAUCUGAGUAUGAGCAAGGAGAAGAUGAGCUAGCCUACCACAAGCCCGAGGAACAAGAACUGUAUACUCAGGAGUACCCAGAGGAAGGACAGUAUGAAGGCCAUGAUGCAGAGCUGACAGAAGACCAGAUAGAAUAUGGGGAUGAGCCUGAGGAGGAGCAGCUGUACAAUGAUGAAGUGCUGGACAUCGAAAUCAAUGAACCUUUAGAUGAGUUUACAGAUGAAGAAUACUUGCAGGCUUAUGGUGGGCAACAAGGGCUGCAAGUGCGGGAAGACUGUGAGGCUGAAGAUGACUUAGAUGAGAUUACUGAUUCCCAGGUUGCUUCUGAGACCCAUGAGGGAGGAAUGGAAACUCUGGAACUCCAGAAAGACAUAAAAGAAGAAUCAGAUGAAGAAGAUGAUGAUGAUGAAGAAUCUGGAAGAUUGCGUUUCAAAACUGAAAGGAAAGAAGGAACAAUUAUUAGGCUCUCAGAUGUAACUAGAGAGAGAAGGAACAUUCCAGAAACUUUGGAGCUUUCAGCAGAAGCCAAAGCUGCAUUGCUUGAAUUUGAAGAAAGAGAGCGACAGCAUAAGCAGGGGCGCUAUGGUUCCCGGCGGGGAGGAAGGCGAGGAGGCUCUCUGAUGUGCCGUGGGAUGGGAGACCAGAGGAGAGAGAGCACUGAGAGGGGACGGAUGAAAGAGCACAGGCCCGCCCUGCUUCCUACACAGCCUCCUGUCGUGGCUCACUCUCCAAGAUUAAUCCCUCCUCCACAGCCACAGCCUCCUCCACCACCGCCACCACCUCAGCAGCAGCCAAUCAGAAGUCUUUUCCAACAACAACAGCUACAGCCGCUCCUCCCCCUGCAGCACCCCCAUCACCCGUCCCCACCUCAGGGAGUGCACAUGCCUCCCCAGAUGGAGUCUCCCAGGAUGAUGCUGACCCCUCCCCCAGUGACUCCUCAGCAGCCCAAGAACAUACACAUCAAUCCACACUUUAAGGGGACGGUGGUGACCCCUGUUCAAGUGCCCUUGCUGCCAGUUCCAAGCCAGCCGAGGCCUGCCGUGGGACCCCAGAGAUUCCCAGGGCCUCCAGAAUUUCCACAGCACACACCUGGACCUGUUCCCAACAGUUUUAAUCAACCACCUCGACUUCCUCUCCAGGACCAGUGGAGAGCCCCACCACCACCUCAGGAGCGAGACCCUUUCUUCUUGGGAGUUUCAGGUGAACCAAGGUUCCCCAGUCAUCUUUUCUUGGAACAGCGAAGUCCUCCACCACCUCCUCCUCCCACACUCCUGAACAGCAGCCAUCCUGUCCCCACUCAGAGUCCCUUACCAUUCACUCAGCCUGGACCAGCAUUUAAUCAGCAAGGACAGCAGCCAGUGUUCCCUAGAGAGAGGCCUGUAAGACCAGCCCUGCAGCCCCCAGGCCCAGUGGGGAUCCUGCACUUUAGCCAACCAGGGUCAGCAACUGCCAGGCCUUUCAUUCCUCCUAGACAGCCGUUCCUCCCCAGCCCUGGACAGCCGUUCCUGCCUACACAUGCACAGCCUAACCUUCAGGGACCCUUGCAUCCUCCGUUGCCUCCACCCCAUCAACCACAGCCCCAGCCUCAGCAGCCACAGCAGCAGCCCCAGCAUCACCAGCACCAGCCACCCCUCCAGCCUCCUCUCCAGCCUCCACAUCAGCCUCCCCCACAGCAUCAGCCUCCCCCUCAGCAUCAGCCACAGCAACACCAGCAUCACCACCACCUUUCCGCUCCUCCCCCUCCUCUGAUGCCCAUGUCUCAGCCACAGUUCAGGCCGCACGUGCAGACUGCUCAGCCUCAGCCCAAUAGCAGUCGGAUGCAGUGUACCCCACGUCAGGGGCUACGGCAUAAUGCAUCAUCUCAGAGUAUAAGCAAACGACCCAUGCAGCAGAUGCAACCCACCGCUCCCAGAAACAGUAAUCUGCGUGAGCUCCCCAUAGCACCUUCACACGUGUUGGAAAUGAGUGGUAAUCGCUGUUCCUCCACACCUGCAGCUCAGGUGAAGCCUAUUGUCAACACUUCCCCACCCUGCAGGGCUGUGGUGGCUUCUAGGAGCUCACAGGGAAAAACUGAUGCAAAAGUCAAGCCGCUUAGCCCUGGGGCUCAACCUAAGGAAGAAGCAAAAGCAGAACCAGAGUUCCCUGAUGAAGACGAAGAGACAAGGUUAUAUCGCUUAAAGAUAGAGGAGCAGAAGCGCCUGAGAGAAGAAAUCCUGAAGCAGAAGGAGUUACGCAGGCAGCAGCAGGCUGGUGCCAGAAAGAAGGAGUUACUGGAAAGACUUGCACAGCAACAGCAGCAGCAGCAGCAGCAGCAGGAGAACGGUAACCCACUGCUGCCCUUCCCAGGGCCACAGGGCAGGCAGAAUGUGAAAACCAGACUUCUUGUUAAAAAUCAAGAUGUCAGCACUGCUAAUGUUCAGCCCAAGGCGGUAAACUUUGUCCCACCUGGUGCUACCAUGCAGCAUCAAGGCCAGCACGUGAGACCGCUGAAGCACCCGCGACAACCGCCACACAAGGUCCUCCAGGUCAAGCCCAUGGACAUGGGAGAGGCCCCCCACUCUCCACAGGCAGCCAGAGGGACGUCCCUCCAGGGCCGGCCUCAGGACAGCAAGCCAGGGGUGAAGAGGACUGUCAUGCACAGAGCCAACACUGGAGGUGGCGGAGACGGGCCGCAUGUCAGCUCCAAAGUCAGGGUCAUUAAGUUGUCCGCAGGGCAGGGAGGAGAGAGCGAUGGCUUUUCUCACUCAGAGGGCCAGCCCCAGCGGCUUCCCCAGACUCCGGACAUGAGACAGCAGCCUACUCGCAAGGUGACGCUGACCAAGGGGGGUCCUCAGCAGCCCCAGCACCUGCCUGUGGGGCCCCACAUGUACCCGGCUAUUCCUCCAGGGAUCAAAAGCAUCCAAGGGAUUCACCCAGCCAAGAAGGCCAUCAUGCAUGGACGAGGCCGAGGAGUGGCAGGUCCCAUGGGCCGGGGGCGCCUAAUGCCAAAUAAGCAGAACCUUCGAGUGGUGGAGUGCAAGCCGCAGCCCUGUGUGGUGUCCGUGGAAGGAUUGUCUUCAUCCACCACUGAUGCCCAGCUGAAGAGCCUGCUGAUGUCUGUGGGGCCAAUCCAGAGUUUACAGAUGCUUCCCCAGCAACGGAAAGCCAUAGCAAAGUUCAAGGAGCCAGCCCACGCACUAGCAUUUCAGCAGAGAUUCCACAGGCACAUGAUCGAUCUGUCCCACAUAAAUGUGGCCCUGAUAGUGGAGUGAUCUUGAAUGGGAAAAUCUGACCUCAUGCUGCACACACUGUGGAAUUUCUUCAAGGAAGCUAUAGGUUGGCGCAGGAUCCCCAGAAGUGUAGGUCUGUCCAGUCUGCAGUUUGCCAACUUGUCUGCGCGCCAGCCAGCCACAGGGUGAUUCCAGAAGAGAGUUAAACUGGUGGACAUGGGAUUGGAGUCUGGUGUUCGAUUGCUUUGAAUUCUGUUGUUCACAAGAACUCUGUUCUCGUGUUCUUUUGUUUCCAAGUGCUUACAAUGCAUGUAGACCUUGUUCUUCGUGAUCCUACUGUGUGAUUGGUCACAGUCUUAGAUUCAGGAAAGAAUGUUACCAGCUCAAAUUCCAAGGACUUUUCCACAGCAAAGAAUAUUUGAUAAUGGUUGCACUUAUCUUCAGUACAGGCUAGAAAAGAAUUCUCAACCAGGCUUAACUGGAGUGGUCUCAGAAAGCCCUCACAGGCUCUGGUAAAACAUAGGUAAAAAUUCGGGUGAUUAUGAUUGACAGGCACUUGCCCUGGGAAGCCAGGGUGUGAGAUGGGUGGCUGGGAAUGGUGCCAUGGAAGUGGCAAUUCUGCUUCUUGUAAAUACCUCUGAAGUGCUGCCUGUUUCAGCAGAAACUCCCAGGUGGGCAGAGUGCUAGCUAAGCAAGCACAGGGAACUCUGUGGCCAGUGGCUCAGUCACCCUGCAGGCAGCCCUCUUGGCCUAGUUUCCUGGCACAGGUUGAGGCACAGCUUGAAGGGUGGUCAGACCUACUCGGGCCUCUGCUUUUUAAAUGCCCUAGCUCUGUGGUGUGUGCUGUCAUUGCUUUGAUUACCUCACUGCCCUUGAGGGCUUUGAGUUUCCUUUGGGUAACCCUUGUAUCACUUGUGUGAGGGAUGGAUUUCUCAGCAGGGCUGUUGCUCUCCAAGAUAAGUGUGUCUGCCCACAUUAGUCAUGUUGGUCAAUUCCAGCAGGUGAGACUCACUUUGUACAAAGCAUCCCAUGGAAGUCCAUACUGUGCAGACAUUGAACACAGUGCCUUAUUAUGUUUCCCCAUGAGCACGUCAGCGUUCGGGACGCACUCUAGAGUGGGCAAUGACACUAGGACACACUCAGGACUUUUUAGUUGUGUCUUACACCUGUCAUUUUAUCUUACUUACAUACCUUAAUAGGAUUGAGGAAGAUAGGAGUCUGUUGUCACUUACUGUCGCUGGAUAAUGAGGAGUUAGGUGCAGGUUAUGUUACGUUUUCAAUUAAGUUGCCAAUGUUAAUACCUGGAGAAUGGUAUUCCAGGCCCUGUGAAACUGCAUAGGACCAAUUCUGAGAUGACAUUAUGUGGUGGCAAGGAGCACUGGGGCAAUAUAAUGGUUGUUAGGGUUCCGGGCAAUUAAGGCAAGGCACUCAUAGGAUGUCUUAGAAGACCUUGUGGCUAUGGUGCCACUUGUGAGCACAAAGCCUCUGCCUUACCGCUGGCAGGCUGCUCUGAGGGCCAGCCCUGCGGUGCCUUUACCAAGCUUGGCCCCAGCCCAUCCCAGUGCUAUCAGCUGGUCGUCCCACUGCACCCCCCACUCAUUUCUCUUAGACACAGGGGUUGUUGAUAGAUAUUUCACUAAAUUGGUGAGUUUGGCAAUAUGUCAGCUCUAGUUGGAUGAGAUAGAGGCCAUGUAGGAACUUGAAGAUUAGGACUCAGUAAAAGGAGUUUAACAAGUUUGCUUCUUUCUCAAGUAGUUUUUGAGUGUUGGGCCUUUAAAACCCAAAUCUGCAUUUUUGUCUGAAAAGUAGGCACUGAUGCAUUGAAGUCACUUAAGGAAACAUCCUCAUCAACAGCACUGUUCACCUCAGGCCUUAGGACCGCUUUGAGUGUGAUGAGGUACCCAGGAGCAUGUGUGUCCCUUAACUGUCUGCACACAUGAGGUAGCCUUCUCUUAUUGCAGUGUUCUGAGAGACCAGCUCCAAGCACUGCUUAGAACAGCCGCUUACUCUGGCCUUGGUACACAUCCACCUGGAGUGGACUGUCAGACCAGGCAGGACAGUCUUAAAGGCUUAGCGUCUGUGAAGGAAACCACAGAAAGUGAAAGAAGCAGAAUUAGAAAGAACGUUCCCCACCCGCAGUGCUCUUCUCACAGUGAAGUCAGCCACCACCCGAACUCCACCCGUGGGAGAUCUGCUGCAACCAUUAUCUCUGUUCUUUCUUUAUCAUGCAUUUCAAAUGAGGAGAAAAAGCAUUAGCAUACUGUGUAAAUACGGACCUUUUAAGAUUAAAACGUUAUUGGAAAUGCUUUCAACUCAAACAGCAACACCUUAGCUAUUUGUUAGUUCUUUUUUUGUUUUUGUUGUUGUCUUAUCAAAGUUUAAUGGAGACACUUUCAUAAUUGUUGUUGUGUGUACAUUCGAUUUUCAUAAAGAUGGUAGUAAGUCAAUACAUUAGCCCUCAUCUGUGUAUUAUUUGUUCACAAGUUCCAGAAGGUUGAAGGAAUGACUCUCUCAUCUGUCCUGAGGUGGAGAGUAGGGGGAGGGGACAAACAACUUUCCCUCUCUUUGCUUGUUUAUUUUGUGCUGUAAUGAUUGUGAGUUCACUUAGUUGCUUACUUCAACAUAAUAACCUUGUGUUGCCCUUGGCUUGGCCACAUUUGUUAAAUCCUUAUAUUGAUACUCUUCUUGAGGGGAAAAAUCUCACCUUUUCUUUUCCAAAAGAUUCUGAGGUAAACUCCCUCCCUGGCCCUCACCCAAUAUGAAUAGGCAGCUUCUUGUGCAGGUCCCGUGCCCAUGCCUUGCCGUGGAGGAUCGUGGCUGGAUGGGAUGGGGGUGGGUUUUCCAUAACCAUUUUCAUGUGGGUAGUUCUCAUGUGAUGUGCAAAGGUCUGGGAUGGUCAUCUGAAGCAGGGUGGAGCUUAAGUCCUGUACUCAGAGGUCAUUUUCCCCCCAAGCAGCGUUCUGCCUGAAGCAGGUAGAAGAAGGCUUUGCUGUUCAUUGAAGCUGACAGGGAACCUGAAAGUAUGGAGGGAGGACUGGACAGUGGGCGAGGAGAGAGAGUCUUAAGGAUGGGACCCCAAGGCUGCUCCUUCACUCAGGGGUAGGGCCUCACAGAUGGGCUCAUGAGGAAAUUCUUGCUGUGACGUAGGCUAGGUGAAGGUCUUUCUUGGAGGACUAGGCUUAUGGACUAUACCUGUCUUUUGUGUUUUGGUUUUUUGUUUUGUUUGUCUUUUAUUUCCUUGUGGCAAUAUUGGGAAGGUAAGCUUGAUGUAGACUGUUGGCUUAUGCUAGUUGAAGAUAGGUAAAGGCACUAGCCCAAGAGGUCUGUGCAAUAGCUAAGUAUUGUUCUUGGUCAUCAUUGGGUGCUCUGAGGCUCAUGUCUGUAUCCUCUGACCUGAGACAAAAUGAGCGAGUCAGGUGGCACGUCCCUGGGUCAGAGCUGUGGGCCACAAGGGGUGGCUCUUUUGCUUGCUGUUUCCCUUUCUGGGAAUCAGCUUUAAUUCCUGUCUCCUGCUUGUUGGACCCAGCUCUGGCUUUGCAUCCUCACUCUCAUGCCCACUUGUUUUUGUUUCUCAGAAAGGGAGAAGAGGCCUGGGAGAGCAAUUGGCCUUGAGGUGCUCUGCAAAGGAGCUAACAAAUGGGGCACAGGGUGGACAAGACCAAGACCCCUCCCCACCAAGGAAGCCACUUAGCUUAGCUCAGUUAUGGGAGAGAUUUAGGUACUUUACCAAGUUUAAUAAUACUGCAACAAUGGUUUGGGUAUUUUAAAAUUUGUGAAGUAUUAUUUUUAUAUUCUUAAAUAUAAACUUCAAAAGGCACUUGGCCUUGUCUUAGUAAAUCCUAAGGAUUUUCUGUAAGGUUUUUGCAACCUAUUUAGUUUUUGUCAUUUAAAGAUACCUAGCUUCUUAGGUACACAAGCCCAUGGCUCUUGUGUAUGAGAACGAGAGUAAUCCACUGAUUCAUAUUGGAUCCCAGGUAUACCUCCUACUGGUAUCAGGUGUCAGGAAGGGGUACUUGUUUAACACACCUCACCUGACUUUCCUAGAGACUGCUGAUCAUCUAACUCUUUCUGUUGAGUGUUGGUAGGACAGGCACUGUCACUGAGAAGCUCUCUCCUUGUCCUUUAGGCCUACCAUAGGUAGAGGUUAUAAGUGUUACAAAUGUUCUCCCUGGCUCAGUUUACUGAUUUGAAAAGGUUUGCAGGUGAUUUAGAGAGAACCUUGUGUAAUUUUUGUCUCACAAGUCCCACAGGUGGGGUGGGCAGGUGCAUGUUACUGUGUUUUGUUUGGAAGUUUAAUGUGCUCUAGCCAGUAGACCUCUUGACCUUCUUACAUGACUUUCUGCUAAACUACUUUUCGUUUUAAGGACAAGUGACGCGGAGGCUGGUUUGGGGACUAACACCUUUUGCAUUCUGUGCUGUUGUCUUAGAACAUACACAUUGUAGACAGCAUGUUGUGCCCAGCCCACACUGACUGGCCCCUGAGGAGCAGAUAACCACUUGUUCUUUACUUUUCACAGGUGUGGCAUCCAGCGCAGUGUCCUCUGUGAGGACUUCCUUCCUAGGCUUUAAUUUCACUGUUUAAUUUUCAGGUGGUGCGGUGAUGGAGCGUGGUUUCGUUUCGCUUUAAAAGCGCCUGAUGUCCUGUUCUCCUCUCCCACUCUCUCAUCUACUCCCCUCCCUGGCUGGGGCUCUGGCUCCCUCCUUACCUUCUGCUUUUUCCCCUCGUGUUCCCACCUGAGGCGUUGUCACUGUCCCCCUCCCAGUGAUUGUCCUGUUUGCAUGCUCCCUGCCUCCUCUUCCAUGGUUUCCACACCUGCAGUGGUCACUGAUACUCACUUGAGUCAGGCUCCCUCUGGCAGAAGGGGACAUUGUGGAUGUCUGCACCAGGGCCACAUCUCCAGUUUCUCUAACCCUUUUGCCUCGACAGGUCUUUCCUUGGGAUUUGCUCCUCCAGAACCUGAAUUGGAGAGCCUGACCUUUUGCUUGUUAUUUUGCAGUGUGACUCUGGGCCUAAAGAUGCCAGUGCCUCUCAGCUGUGGUCUGCAUGUCAUUAACCACCCCUCUCUGUUUUUACCCCUCUACCUUUGCAGGACCCAGGGCGUGGGUCAGUUAGUGGUAGCGUGCUCUCAUUCGCUUGGAAGUGGUGGCCAUGUGGCCAUUAUACUGCCCUUGCUGAUAUGGCCCUCGUCGUCGUGUAAUGUGUGUGCGCCUCCCUGCUGUGCGGGCAGCUUGGAGUGCGGGAUAUGUUGCUGGAAGUGCGCUGGCUGCUUAGAAACCACGAGACACCGCCUUGCUUUCUUCGGCCUCACUGUUUCUGCCGGUCUUCGUGUUUCUGCCAGUCACGUGCUCUUCCCGUAUGAGUGACACUGCCGUGCUUUACUCCGGUUUUCCUUGGCAUUAACCACUUGGGAACUCUUGCAGGCUGUAUAUGUGAAAAAUAGUAGUGACAUAGGUGAAAAGAAAAUGUAUUGUGUGUAUCAUUUGUGUGGUUUCAUAGCAAAAGAAAAAAAUGUGUUUGAGCUGUACUGUAACCAAAAAUUCUGUCAAUAAAAUAUUAGAGGUUCUCCUGGC